GUCAAGCUACCAAGCUACAGCUGUCCCAUUUCGUACAUUGUUUUUCUUGUUCAUGAUUCAUUCGUUGAUCAUCUUCAUUUGAAUCUGCAUUAGCGUUUUUUUGUCUGUAAAUGGAAAGCUUCCGGAAAGCCUAUGGCGCUCUCAAGGAUUCCACGACCGUUGGCCUGGCCAAUCUCAACAGUGAGUUCAAGGAUUUGGACAUUGCGAUUGUGAAGGCGACAAACCACGACGAAUGUCCUCCGAAGGAACGACAUAUUCGGAAGAUCAUGGAAGGAGUAUCGGUCAAGGUUCCGAGAGCCGAUGUCGCCUACUGCAUCCACGCCUUGUCGCGGCGAUUGUCCAAAACGCGAAACUGGAUAGUUGCAAUGAAGACUCUGAUAGUUGUUCACAGAAUACUAAGAGAAGGAGAUCUAACAUUCCGAGAAGAAGUGCUGCAAUACACUCGGAGAGGAAAGUUAUUCCAAAUAUCCAACUUCAAGGACGACUCGAGCCCUCUAGCUUGGGACUGCUCCGCCUGGAUUCGCAGCUACGCGCUCUUCCUUGAGGAAAAGCUCGAAUGCUUUAGAACCUUACAAUACGAUGUAGAGACAGAAAAACUGUCUAAAUCAUCCACCGGACAAUCUAAGGUGCAUAGCAGGACGCGCCACUUGAACGCAGAAGAACUGCUGCAUCAAUUACCAGCAUUGCAGCAGCUUCUAUACCGUCUGCUUUGUUGCCAGCCUGAAGGGGCAGCCUGCUACAACUAUCUUGUACAAUAUGCAUUAGCCUUGGUUCUGAAGGAGAGCUUCAAAAUAUACUGCUCGAUCAACGAUGGGAUCAUCAAUCUUGUCGACAUGUAUUUCGAAAUGCCUAAACACGAUGCAGUCAGAGCUCUUAACAUAUACAAGAAGGCCGGAAAGCAGGCAGAACAUCUAGCGGAGUUCUACAGCUUCUGCAGAACAUUGGAGCUCGCUCGGACCUUCCAGUUUCCGAUACUAAGACAGCCGCCGCCGACUUUUCUAGCAACCAUGGAGGAGUAUGUCAAGGAAGCACCUCAGACAGCCGCCCUGUCGCAUAAUAGACUGGAGUAUUAUGACAACAAUGGCGAUUGCAAUGGGGACGAUGAUGAACCAGAACCAGAAUCAGAACUGCAAGAAAGCAAGAAGGAAGAAGUUGAAAGAAAAGAAGAAAUGGUUGAAGCACAGGAAGAAGAGAAGCUCGAAACCAAAGAAGAAGAAGAAGCUCCUCCGGCUGCCGCCGACGAGCCUGCCGAUCUUCUCGGUUUGAGCCAUGAAGUGAAUCCACAAGCAUUAGAGAUUGAAGAAAGGAAUGCUUUAGCCUUCGCCAUUUUACAACCUGGCAUGGCGGCGACGCCGAGCAACGCCCUGGUCGAAAUCGGGAAGACGUCCGGCUGGGAAUUGGCGCUAGUGACGACGCCGAGCAGCACCAGCAAACCUGACAGAGCGGCGGAGCCUAAUCUGGGCGGGGGAUUCGACAAGCUGCUGCUGGAUAGCCUCUACGAAGACGACGCAGCGCGGAGAAACCUGCAGCUGCAAAGCAGAGGAUACAGCUCCAGCUACGGCCAAGAUCCGGCGGCGGCGCAGACGAAUCCGUUCGACCAACAGGCGGCGCUCGGCGACCCCUUCGCCGUGUCGAACAACUACGCGCCGCCGUUGAGCGUGCAGAUGGCGAUGAUGUCACAACAGGAGCGCCUGAUGAUGUAUCAGCAACAGCAGCAGCAGCAGCAGCAGCAGAUGAUGAUGAUGUCGCCACACAACGCGUACGCCGCCGCAGCAAGUCAGUAUCCGCCGCCGUCGAAUCCGUUCGGCGAUCCCUUCGUCUUCCCGCAGAAUGCGCCGCCGCCGUCGCGCGGGAACAAUGCUUUGAUUUAGAAAUUAGACCGACGUGUCUUUGUGUGUCUCUCCACUGUAUGCUUUGAUUAUGUACACGAUCGAUUCGUUAAA